GGGAGCAUGAGUGAGAUGUAUUGACGACGAGGUUCACCGGAGACAUCGUCGAGCUUGCCCGCUAGUUUCACAUCGUUGUUGCAAUCGUCCGGUUUGAGGCUUGCAGGCUACUGGCCGACACAUUUACUCUGAAUACUCAACUUCCUACCCUGGUCUAGAUUGCGCACAUAGUGAGCAUAAGCCGAUCGGAACGCCAUGGCAGAAAAGACGAAAUACGUCAAUCGGGUGAUUCCCGAGAUCUCCCUCCGGGAUUUCUACAGCCGAAUUGAUGAAAUUACUUCCCAGCUAUGUGACGCCGCCGAGAAUGUCGGCUUCUUCUCCAUCAAGGACCACGGCCUCAGCCAAUCCGAAGUAGACGAGAUGUUCUCCGUGUCCGAGUCUUUCUUCGCUCUACCAGACGACGCAAAAGCCACCGUGCCGUGGAGUCCCAAGAACGUCGGCUGGGAGAAGCUGUCACAGAUCAGACCGUCCACGGGCGCAGCCGACCAAAAGGAGUCAUACCAACUUCAAUUCGGGGACAACAUGAACGGAGUCUGGGCCAGUGACGACAUUCUCCCCGGCUUCAAAGAAACGUCCUUAGCCUUCAUGCAUCGUGUGCAAGCCAUUUCGGAAAGACUGAUGCUCUGCCUGGCUCGUGGUCUCGGCUUCGAGGAUGACUAUUUUAUCAAGUACCACGAUGCUGCCCAUCCCGGCGCGCAGUCUGUGCUCCGGCUUCUACAUUACUUCGAAACCCCGCGCGUCAAUGAUGGGAAAGUGUAUCAUCGAGCAGGCGCCCAUGCCGACUGGGGAUUUUUGACGCUGCUAUUCCAACGAGAAGGGCGAUCAGGGCUUGGGAUCUGCCCAGGUCGUGAGGCUGUCAGCGAGCAUGCCCUCGGGGAUGAAUGGACAAAGGUCGAGAUCAAGCCUGGGGUAAUCAUAUGUAAUAUCGGAGACUUGUUGAUGAGCUGGAGCGAUGAUCGAUUCAAGAGCACUUACCAUCGGGUCAAGGCGCCGUGUGAAGAGGGAGAUUACUACGGAGAAAGAUACAGCAUGGCCUUCUUCAACCAACCCUGCAAAGAGGCUGUUAUCCAGGGCCCAUUGAAGAAGUAUCCGAUGGUGACUGGAGAGGAGUUCAACCGCAAUGCCAUGAAUAGGAUGUACGCGGCUUUGCAGGCAAAGAUGGCUGGGAAUGAAGUCAAAACUUGAACGAUGGAGAGACUGACAUUGGAAGGAGUCGGAUAUGGGUGGUAAUUAUGUCGACCCGUGAAGGCAAAAUGACUCGCGGGGUCAUUUC